AUGAUAUUAUUCGAGACAGAUACCUCAGUUUUUGAACUGAUGUGGGAUCUCGGUCUGGCAUUCUUUAUUAUUCGCAAUGCAUUCAUAUAUUUUAUCCUCACAUAUCUAUCAUCCAUCUUUUUAUCAUAUAUCACAUUGAAUCGACUUAUACCAUACAAUCAUCUCACAGCACCAGCACGAGAAGUCAUCGCUUUUCCAAUAUAUAUUCUUACCGUGGCAUUAUGGGCAAGGACUGUAAUUGUAUAUAAUGACAUUCCACGCGCUCCAGGAUUUAGGAUGGCAGUUGGCUUGGUGGCUGGGUUGUUCAUGGUGAUUGCCGAGUUAGUAGGAGGUGUCGUGUUAUGGGAGGAGGGGUACAAGGAAUGGAUAUGGGAGACGGAUUUACUCGGCGCGGUGUUGGGGAUAUUGUCAUUGAUGUUGUUGGAGGGAAUGCCAUGGAUGUUGAUGGUGCUCGAAAAGGGUGAGAUGAGUGAGGCUACUCAUAGCCACGGGCAAAAGUCAAUCACAGGUGCUGUACCAAUGAUUGGAAAGACGGAGAAGAAAAAAAUUGAAGACGAGAGGAUAAAUUGA